AUGCCUCUAAAACCGGCAGUCCCGGCCAGCGCCAUCCGGGUGUGCCUACAACAAAAACCGACGCCUAGUUAUCGCUUGACAGCUUCAAUUUUCCAAGCACCACACAAUGCCAGCCAGACGCGCCAGUUCCGACUCUUCACACGCCCCCCAUCUUCAAGCCAAAUCACUACCACUAAACCCACCAGCUCGCUCUUCCCCACGAAGAAGUCAGCGAGAGCUCUCUCAGGAGCCCCCUUGCCUCAACGACGAUCCCCUGUCCUCAACUUCGCUUACCGCACUGCCGCUGUGCUCGGUACUGGUGUCGGAUUCGUGGGAAUACUGGUGUUGGCUUUCUUUGCCUAUGACGCAACAACCUACAAGGAAUCGGUCAACUUUGGAGAGUGCCAGGUAUCUGAAUACGCAUUGUCGCCACGACGAGGAGGACCAAAGAAUUUACCCAUUGCCGAAGUUCUUAUCGACGAUGAAGACACCGAGGAAAAGCGCCACCAAAAGUCGAAGCCGAAACUGGUGAUUCUCGGUAGUGGUUGGGGCAGUGUCGCAAUGCUCAAACAGCUAAACCCUGACGACUACCAUGUUACCGUUAUCAGUGACAAGAACUACUUCCUGUUUACUCCUAUGUUACCCUCCGCGACUGUAGGCACGCUUGAAAUGCGAAGCUUAGUUGAACCGAUACGCCGAAUCCUCUCCAAAGUGAACGGUCACUUCUUGCGGGCGCAAGCCGAGGACGUCGAGUUCUCACACAAGCUGGUUGAAGUUUCGCAAGCUGACGCCAAUGGCAACCAGGUCCGAUUCUACGUCCCGUACGACAAGCUGGUCAUCGCUGUGGGUUCGGUGACAAACCCUCACGGUGUCAAAGGCCUGGAAAACUGCCACUUCCUGAAAGAUAUUAAUGACGCCCGGAAAAUUCGAAAUCAGGUCAUGAAAAAUCUAGAACUCGCCUGCUUGCCUACUACCUCUGACACGGAGAGGAAAAGACUGCUAUCCUUUGUUGUCUCCGGCGGUGGGCCUACCGGCGUCGAGUUUGCUGCCGAGUUGUUCGAUUUGCUCAACGAAGACCUGACCAAACGAUUUCCCAAACUGCUCCGUAAUGAGAUCUCUGUCCACUUGAUUCAAAGUCGAGGUCACAUCCUGAAUACGUAUGACGAAACCCUCUCUAAAUACGCUGAAGACAGGUUUGCUCGCGACCAGAUUGAGGUCUUGACGAAUUCCCGUGUCAAAGAAGUAAAGCCCGACAAAAUCAUCUUCACCCAACGCGGUGAAAACGGCGAGUCGCUCACAAAGGAAUUACCAUCCGGCUUCUGUCUCUGGUCAACAGGCGUCUCGCAAGCUGAAGUCUGCCAGCGUAUUGCCGCCAAGCUAGGUCCCAUACAAAGCAACCAGCACGCAUUGGAGACAGACACACACCUACGUUUGAACGGCACGCCGCUUGGCGAUGUUUACGCCAUUGGUGACUGCAGCACGGUGCAAAACAACGUUGCGGAUCACAUCAUCACCUUUGUACGUGGUCUAGCAUUCAAGCAUGGCAAGGAUCCCGAAACCCUCGAACUUCACUUCAGCGACUGGCGCGACGUUGCCGCCGACGUGAAACGGCGCUUCCCGCAAGCCGUCGCCCAUCUCAAACGCCUCGACAAACUGUUCUCCCAGUUCGACAAGGAUCAAUCUGGAACUCUCGACUUUGGCGAGCUGCGUGAGCUACUGAAGCAGAUUGACAGCAAGCUGACCUCCCUUCCCGCGACGGCCCAACGUGCCAACCAGCAGGGCGUGUAUCUGGCGAAGAAGCUGAACAAGUUGGCGCAUGCGGCACCGGGACUCAGGGCAAACGAUAUUCGCGAUGGCGAUCUCGACGAAGCGUGUUACAAGGCCUUUGAGUACACUCAUUUGGGCAGUUUGGCCUAUGUUGGCAAUUCCGCCGUGUUUGAUCUGGGUAAUGGACGGAGCCUCACGGGCGGGUUGUGGGCCGUGUACGCGUGGAGGAGUGUGUACUUUGCGCAGAGUGUUGGUGUAAGGACAAGGGUACUUAUGGCUAUGGACUGGUUGAAGCGUGGAUUAUUCGGACGAGAUCUCAUGAGUUUUUAG